AGUUAUUAAUGAUUGAUACAUAUCAAGAAAGAGAAAAUAAGAUUUGUUCAAGUAGUAAACUUUCAACUUGACGAACUGCUAUAUUUUCUCUCUUAUGACUUAUACCUCACUUACAGCUUAUUCCCGACUUAUAUUCGGUACAGUAUACAACAACUAAACUAAACUAUACCUUUCUUCAUCACACGCCAAGGCAUGCUAUUUACCCCUAGACCCCUAUACCCCGCCAUCCUUGGAACCCUAAAAGCUCUCCUCAUCUGCAGACUGCAGACUGCAGCAUAUUUCGGAUGCUUCCGAGAAAGAAAAGUGCAUCGCAGCUCAAAACUUGACCGAGGAAACUUCUUCACCUUCUAAUUCGUCCCACCGACACAUUCCCUACUUGCAAAUACAUACGAUACGAUAUACACGAAACACGUACGACAAAAUGCCGGCGACAAAUCUGCUGAGGGGCAGAACCGCCGUUAUAACGGGUGGCACCACGGGUAUUGGCCGAGCCAUUGCCCUCGAAUACCUGCGUCAGGGGUCCAACGUAGUAGUGAACCACCUCGGCCUCGAGCGCGACCAGCCUCAUCUCGAAUCGCUACUCGCCGAAGCCGAAUCUCUCAAGACCUCCAACACCGACCCUAACACGGUAAUAGGUUCGCUCGACCAUCUCGCCGGCGACGUCUCGGACCCAGCCACGGGACCCGCGCUCGUAGCUCACGCUGUCUCGCGCUUCGGCCGCCUAGACAUAUGCGUGAGCAACGCGGGAAUCUGCCAAUUCGCCGAAUUCUUGACCUUGACCGGGGAUCUGUGGUCGCGGACGGUGCGCACGAAUCUCGACGGCGCGUUCUACGUCGUGCAAGCCGCGGCGCGACAGAUGGCUUCUCAAGAGCCGUUGCCGUCGUCUUCUUCUCCUUGGAGGAAACCGCAACGCGGGUCCAUCAUCGGAUUAAGCUCCAUCUCGGCGUUGGUAGGCGGCGGGCAGCAGGCGCACUACACGCCGACGAAAGCCGGGGUGCUGUCGCUGAUGCAGAGCUGCGCGGUGGCGUUGGGUUCGCACGGCAUCCGGUGCAAUGCGCUGCUCCCGGGCACGAUUCGGACGCAGCUCAACGACGAGGAUCUAGCUGAUGAUGCGAAGCGCGCUUAUAUGGAGGGUCGUAUUCCGCUGGGACGCACCGGCGACCCCCGCGAUAUGGCGGGACCGGCCGUCUUCCUCGCCUCCGACGAGCUGAGCGGUUAUGUGACUGGUUCGCAGCUACUGGUCGACGGUGGUUUAUUUGUUAAUCUACAGUGACGAAAUGCCAGUCGACGACUCCGAUAUACCUUGGGUACACAUUCCUCUAUCCACCGUCAUCGGGAAUCCGGCCCCCUGUUCCCAUUCUCGCCCUCCAUCUUAAACCCAAUGAUACCGUGCCUAUUCGCCUCGCGAGCAUGUAUCCGACCAUUAACAGCAUCCAGGCUGACAGUUAGGCGAACACGCACCUGUUCCAAGCACGUACGUGUCUGCGUAAGUGUGCAUGUGCGAAGAUGCCGAGAAGAGCGGGCGGAUAACAAGGCGGUUAUGUAGAAACGUCGCAGAUCGCGGUGGCAAAUGUGACAUCUUCGGAUAACAAGAUCGAAAUGUGGGCUGAUCCGGGAGUCCAAGUUGAUUAAAUGUUGAUUUGAGGCUCAAAAAGUAGGGUCAGGAGACAAUACAAAAGGUCUUCGUGAUUAUGAUUGGUGUUAGAUUAUGGUUAUGUGUCAACAUUCAUCGAGAUGAUACUUACCGGCUUAUUAGCAAAGCAAUAGUCAGAGCUGAAAUAUCCCAGAGGCUCAUCGAUGUAACAUCAGAAGCGUUCUUCUCUCCAAAGCUGAUAACUUGCCGGGUUAAGAUGCCGAAGUAGUAUAUGUAACAUGGAAACCGCCUCGUCACGCAAGUCACAUCGCACGGUUAAGCCACAAU